AUGCCUAGGUGUCGAAAGCGCAAACUCUGCGCCGAAAAGAAGUGCUGCAAGGCCCGAGCUGCAACCCAAGGUCUCCGGGUUGCUCGGGCCACUGCAACAAAGAAAAAAGAAUCCGCCGCCUCUUGCUUUUCUGCGUUGGGGCUUGCGACCAAGAGAAAGCCUGCUGCUAGGCCAGGCAGAGCUCGCAAGAGCCUGAGGAGGGCCCUGCCUGCCCCUCCAUCUGAAGGUGCUCCUCCCAUGAGAUCACACAAAGGAGCCAACAGCAAAAUUGAGAAGAGGCAACGUCCUUCCCAGGCCCCACCCUCCACUCAGCAGUCUCCCAGAGACCCUCUAACCAAGAAGACGAGUAUGCUGGUGCAUUUCCUGAUGCAAAUGUACAAGUUGAAAAAGCCCAUUCUGAAAGCAGAUAUGCUGAAGAUUGUCAAGAAAAAGUAUGAGAAUCACUUCCCUGAGAUCCUCCGCAGAGCUUCUUUCAGCAUAGAGGUGGUGUUUGGCAUGGAUUUAAAGGAAGUUGCUUCCAGGAAGCGCUCCUACAUCCUUGUCAGCAAAAUGGACCUCCCUCACAAAGGCGCAGUGAGUCGUGGCAGGCACUUUCCCAAGACGGGUCUCCUGAUGAAUCUGCUGGGCGUGAUCUUCCUGAAGGGCAACUGUGCCACUGAGGAGGAGAUCUGGGCCUUCCUGUAUAAGAUGCGGGUGUACCCUGGGAAGAAACACUUCAUAUUUGGGGAAACCAGGAAGCUCAUCACUCAAGAUCUCGUGAGGCUCAAAUACCUGGAGUACCGGCAGGUGCCCAACAGUGAUCCUGCAUGCUAUGAGUUCCUGUGGGGCCCAAGAGCUUACGCGGAAACCAGCAAGAUGAGAGUCCUGGAGUUCUGGGCCAAGAUCAAUCAUACCGUCCCCAGCGCCUUCCAGACCCGGUACAAAGAGGCUUUGAGAGAUGAGGAAGAGAGAGCCCAAGCCACAGCUGCACUCAGUCAUGGCAGAAAUGGUGGCAGUGCAUGUUCCAGGGCCAUGUCCCGCAGCUCCUCCCCACACCCAGACAAGUGGAAGCAGACUUUCACUUGUUGA